CCAAGGUGUCUGCGCCAUUUGGUCCAACAAGUCUCAACAUGAGAGUGGCCCUCGCGUUAGGAUGCUUAAUAUUGCUGGUUGCUGUCCAUUCGCGGAAUGUACCAGGUAAAAAAACAUUGCGAUUACCACGCGUGAAAGGUACUGACGCGAGUACACUAGCUGGCGAUCAAGAGUUGGCUGCCAGCGCACAUAAAAAAGAUCACCCUCAGAACCAUGAAUACGAGAAAGCAGGAGGAAAAGAGCAUCAUGCACAUCAUGACAACGAGCACAGCGAAAAGGGCCAUAAGGGCUAUAAGGGUCAUCACCAUCACGAAGAAGGCAAAAAGGGCCACCGGGACGAAGAAAACCACAAAGGUGAAUAUGAUGACCAUGAAGGUCACAAGAAGCAACACCAUCACGAAGAUGGUCAUUAUGGUGAGCAUCACCACGGAGAAAAAGGCGAAAAAGGCCAUAAAUAUGAGGAAAAAGGGCAUUAUAACAAAGGACAUUCGACGAAAGGGCAUCACGAAAUACACAAGUUGGAUGAAUUUAAGAAAGACAAGAAGUUCUUCGAUGAAGAAGGGGAAUCAGGGCACGAGGAGAAACACGGAGGGUUCCACGAGGAGCAUGGCCACAAGAAGGGCGGGCACUUCAAGAAGGGUCACCACAAAGGUGGGCAUCACGAACACGAACAUGGAGAGAAGGGACACCACGCGAAAGGUGGCCAUCAUCACGUCCACAAGGGACAUAAACAUGCUGACGGACACGACGAACACCAUCACCAUCAUGAGGACCACGGCCACAAGGGAGGAAAAACACACCACAAAAAGUAUGGUUUCAAAAAAGGACAUUGA